GAGCAUUAUUUGAUGUACACCACUAUGCGGUCGGGCGGGCGGCGGAUGGAGAUGCAUUCAAAAUAGUCAAGAGAGAAGUUACUGAAGACGCAAUUUUUAAAAACCGGUGAACAGAUUAAUUCUUAUCUGUAAGCUUCGAUCGGCAGACAACAUUUUACUGUCAUAGUUAUCUUGAUGAGGAGGGGUACGAUUGGACUUCUCAACUACAGAGGAGUUACAAGUUUGACUUCAACUUCACCCAUCCGAAGAAUGACCCGAUCUCGAGAUGACGUCAUAGUGGGAGGAGGUACUGACGUCACGGUGAUAUCAGAAAUAUCACCGUGUGACAGUUGUACCCAUUUGCAAUCGACCCCCUUGAAAACCAGCAACAGCAUCAAACCUGGACGUCUAGAUCUGACUCUACGUGAGGAGGUGAACGUGUCAUUUGCUGGCUGUGGAUUCCUUGCCAUCUAUCAUCUUGGAGUGGCUACAUGUCUACUUAGAAAGGGGCAACAUUUUAUAUCCAACGUGACCCGGUGGGGUGGAUCCUCGGCGGGGGCGAUUGCUGCUGCAGCUAUGGUCUGCUUACCAAAUAAACUAGGGGAUGCCGUUCAGAUGCUUCGAGACUUUGUGGAUACCUUCCAAAAGAAGCCUUUAGGACCCCUAACGCCAGGCUUCAAUAUGAUGGACUACCUACGAACUGAACUAGAGUAUUAUAUACCUUCAGAUGCACACAUACUGGCUAAGAACAAACUCUACGUCUCCGUGACUAGGGUUGCGGACGGCAAGAAUAUACUACUGACAGAAUUUCACUCCAGGGAGGAACUGAUAGAGGCAUUGCUUUGCAGUUGUUACAUUCCAGUUUACUGUGGCUUCCGAAUUCCCACAUUUAGAGGACAGAAAUACAUUGACGGUGGCGUGACAGCCAACAUGCCAUUCUACCCAGUCGGUCGAACGAUUUGUGUGUCGCCCUUCAGCGGGCACCUGCAGGACAUCUGCCCCGCAGAUCGGACGUGGUUGGACCUCAGUUACGUGGUUGCUGGUCACAGCUUCAGGGUAUGUUCGCAGAACGUUUGGCGGGCACUGAUGGCGCUGUUCACACCCAGCCAAGACACAUUGGAUGAGUAUCUAGAACGGGGUGACGAUGACGCAACUAACUUCUUGAAAGAAAAUGGAAUGUUAAAAAAGGACACACAAACAAACAGCAAUGAACAGUAACGUCACCUUUCGGCUCAUGUCACUAAAAUACUCAGGAAAACUACUGUCAAGAUUGAAUUUGUCUCCAAGUACCGAAAUAGAGCAUUUGUUUCUUGACGUCAAAUAGACAUCAGAAAACGGCUGCCUACAUUCUUUAUAAAUAAUUUUUUUAAGAAGAAGAGGUUAUUAAAGGUCCCUCAACUUUCAGUUUAUAGUUGAAGUAAGCAAAAUGUGUCACAUUUUUUCUUUUAAUUUAUAAGCCUUUACAAUAGUAAAAUGUAAAUACAUAUUUUCGUUAGUUUCAAUAUUUUUGUACGAACAUUGACCUUGCUUUUUUGUUUGUAAGAGUUACCUAUGAAAGUAUUUAGCUUGUGAAUUUUGUAAAUAUUAUAAAAGGCUAUAGAGAGGCCUUAAAGCAGGGUCACACCGUUGUCGAGUAUUGUUUGCAGCAUUCAUAAAUUAUGUCCGAAUAUAUGGCUUCGGUUGCCGCGUAAAGUAUCACAGCAGCCAACUUCAUUUGAUUCAGACAAGCGGUAUUACUAUGGUCUGUAGUGAGGGGAUUCGUAAUAUAGCGCGCCACCAAGAGCUUUGACAGGGGAAGGUUCUUUUAAAACGGCCGACGAUGGGAUAAUAUUAAAUUGUAUACAAUGUAGAAGAAUCUUAUAUGCGUAUACAAUCGCAUUGUAUAUGGCCUACUUGUAAGCACAAUGUACCAACAAGUCAUAGAAUACUUCCAUGUAUUGUGUUUUUGCAAAGUUUAACUCAAUUUUGAUAAAAAACUUUUCGUUUGAACUAUGACUGAGGUUUGUCCUGCUAUUGUGUCCACGAAAGAUGAACGAACCUCAUAAUUCUAGCAAUAGUAUGUCACUAUUGUGCGUUGCAAAGAAUGUAGAUUUUCCUAUAGUCAAAUCCGAGGGAACCAUCGCGAUACAUCGCAACUAACGUUUGGUGGAGCAUUUUAUUUAGAUCCCAAUAUUAUUAUUGUAAUCUUUAAAAAUGUCGAACGAAAUGUAUGUAAUUUUUGUGUAAUAAUGAAACGAUCGACUUAUAUGAGCCUUAAAUCUGAAAUUCUUUAAUUUAAAAAGUCGACUUAAAUGUGUAAAGUGAGAGUUUUGGUCUUUGAAAAAAUCACCAAAGGUGUCCAGUGCCUGUAUGGUUUAAAUGCUGGUCAAUCCAACCUGUGCAGUUUGUAUAAAAUUGUUUAGUUUAGUCCAGUGUUGUUAUCCGUCUGUCGUCAAUAAAUAUUGUUCCUGACUAGAUUUGUGUGUCACAUCGAUCAGUAUUUCUUCAAGAAAAUGGAUCAGUAUUUUCAUUUACUUUUAUUUUUAUUUAAAAAUCGACAGCUGAGCUAGCCUACUGAUUUCGGAACCUCAAAAUGAGGUCGGUAUCGUUCUUUAGAAAAUGAGAACACAUUUUUUUGAUCCCAAAAUAAAACAUAGCCAUUUUGACGCACUUUAUAAUUAUA